AUGGGCGAGGAGGCGUGUUUUGCUAAACCCGGUCGUGACUGGCUACCAAGACUCAUCGUGAUAGACGGGUGCAACAUUGGAAGAAGUGCUUGUGGUAUCGGACGAGAGGCAGUGAACUGUGCAGGACUGAUGGCAGUGAUUCGUUGGUUGUUAGUAAGAGAUUUUGAUGUCGUCGCAUUUCUUCCGGUUAUAUAUAAUAACUCACAUAAUUACAAUGUCGUUCACGUACAUUUACUGACGAAGUUAGAAGAACUUGGCUUAGUGACAUUCACGCCAGCCAGAACCGGACGUGGAGAUCGAAAAGCAUUCAUUAACUACGACGACUUGUAUGUUACCACGUUAGCAACACGUCACGGUGGUUGUGUGCUAAGCGGCGACAAAUUUAAAGAUAUUCUCGCGCAGCCAGCUUAUAGUGAGUUUCAUCCGGUGAUUUUGAAUAGGACACUGGACGUGAAGUUCAAUUUUCUACCUUAUGAUGUUGUGUACCAUAAAGUGGACGUAUUCUAUAAAGCUCUUCCAGAGCUCUUUAUAUAUGAAGAUGUCGCCUUCCGAGCAAAGAUGAUUGCUCAGAAAAUAUUCGCCAGUCCUGAUGAUCCCGAAUUUUCUAAGGUUCGUCUCAGAUGCCGAUGA